AGUUCCAGGAAGUACCCAGUUCAGCUGGAGAAUUAAAACGGCACCUAAACAGAGCCAUUCUUUGCUUUUUCUUCUUCAGAACCCAUGUUUUCACAUUUUUCCUUUGACUGUGUCCUGCUCUUGCUGCUACCACUUACAAGGUCUUUGGAAGGAGUAUACGUGUCUGAGGUGGGUCAGGAUGCUGAUCUGCCCUGCGCCUACUCUCCACCCACCCCUGAGGAUCUCGUGCCUGUGUGUUGGGGCAAGGGACCCUGCCCUUUGUUUCAAUGUCACAGUUUGGUACUCAGCACUGAUGGAAGGAACUUGAACUAUUGGACAUCCAGCAGAUACCUACUAAAGAGGAAUUUCCGCAAAGGAGACGUGAGCUUGACCAUAAAGAAUGUGACUUUAGAGGACAGUGGGACCUAUUGCUGCCGGAUCCAAUUCCCAGGCCUAAUGAAUGAUCAAAAAUCAAACCUGGAGUUGGUCAUCAAACCAGCCAAGGUCAACCCUGCUGGGACUCCAUGGAGGGACAUCACUACAGCCUUUCCAAGGAUGCUCGCCACCGAGGGACCUGGCUCAGAGACACAGACACUGGAGACCCUCCAUGAUAAAAAUCAAACAGAAAUAUCCACACUGGCUAAUGAGUUACAAGACAUGGGCGCCACCACCAGAAUAGGCCUCUACAUCGGAGCAGGGGUUUCUGCUGGGCUGGCUCUCGUUCUUAUCUCUGGUGCUUUAAUUCUCAAAUGGUAUUCUGAUAGCAAAGAGAAGAUACAAAAUUUAAGCCUCAUCAGUUUGGCCAACCUCCCUCCCUCGGGGUUAGCAAAUACAGCAGGAGAGAGGACACAUCCAGAGGAAAACAUCUAUACCAUUGAGGAGAACGUAUAUGAAAUGGAGGAUCCAUACAAGUAUUACUGCUCCGUCAGCAGCGGGCAGCAGUCCUGACAACCCCUGGGCUGUUGUCUUUCAACGCCACCAGAUUCACCACUUCCUUUUGGGGUUUGGUGUUAUCUUCUUUGAAAACUAUGAGAUGGCUCACCUGACUGGUUUUAGAGGUUCUGUCCUUGGCCACCGAGCAGAGUUUUUCCAUGUUCUAAAGAUAAGGAGCUCACCCGAGGAUUGAACUGGUACCAGCAUUGUACUUAGACAGGCACAACAUUACCUCUGUGUUCCCGCCACCCAACUCGGAGGCUGCUAAUCAGGGCAUUAGAGCUCAAAUGGGCUUUUAUAGAGAGUAGGAAUUCUUAAUAUGGGGUCUCUGGAAUUCCAGAUAUUCAGUUAUAUGGUGUGUCCAUGAAGCUUCUGAAAAUACAGGGGAAAUUAUGUGCUGAGAUACGUGCGUGUCUUUUUCGGUACGGGAAGUCUAAAGGGGCCGCCGAUUCUCAAAGAGCUCUGUGAACCGUAGCAGGUUCGGAAACUAUUGGAGUAGGAGUAGAUGGUCUUGAAGGUUCCCUUUGAGUCUCAAGGUUGAUGCUUCUUUGAAUGUUGACUCUGUGACAGUAAGUGCCAGUGCACAGCUCUCCUUGGCCUAAGUUAAGAAGACUGCCCAGCAAGGCCUGUGGUGUGGCAGGUGCUCCUGGAGAAAGAGGAAGUAUGCUUAGUGUGUGUUGACAGGUUUUGCUUGGGGUGCACUCAGAGGGAAAGAUCUCUGACCAACUUCUCCAUUCAUGGAGAGAACUGGAGCUGUGUGUCUCACAAAAGAAGAAGCAAUGACUGGGACACAAAUUCUGUUUCCUGGUGGAAAGUAGGUAAAGGGCUCCAGCCAUCUGUAUUUGUCCCUGUCAGAUGCCCUGAUGGAAAGACAAUGGCCCUUAAGCUUUAGUUCCAAGAUGGUAGAGAGUAGGUCUAUCUUGCCUAUUUGCUUCCUCCCCAGUCUUGGCACAGCUCUGACACAUAAUACGGAUAGAAAUUUACUAAAUAUCUUUGGAGUGAAAAAAUUAAAGAAGCAGAAAGGUAGAUUCCUGGGAAGACUUUUCCAUUGGAGAGCUCAGAUAGAGCUUCACUUGUUGGGGAACUCGAAAAUACUCCUAAGCUCCCUUUUCUGCUCUUGUCCAGCAUCUGCUCUUCUCAGCAUCCUCUCCCUUCUCAGACCCUUGGAAGUGUGUUAUUGUCUUUUUCCCCCUUUCUGCUGAAUGAAUCAACAAUAGGGACCUGUCACUGCCUGAAAACUGCCUUCCCCAGGUGAUGACUGAGCUGCUACUGCAUUGCAUGCAGGAGAUGUUGGCCACCAAGGAUGCAGGCAGCCUGUGUGUUGCAGUGUUUGGGCUGCAUCUGGGCAGUAUUGGGAAGCACUGGCUUUCUACAGGGAGAUCAGUUUGCAAAGUUCCAGGCAGUAGCUUUUAAACAAGCUGAAAAAUUAAGUGUUUUAAAUUUAUGAAAUUCUAGAGGGAAGGGACCACAGAAAACAUAUGAACCAGAUUAAUGAUUCCCCCACAAAAGGGAUUCUUAUUCUGCAAAAAUCUUUACACAAGGAUAUAUAUACAAGAGCGAUCAUUGCAAUGGUGUUUGUGAGAGAUGUUUCCCAUCAGUUGGGGAAUAAUUGGUUAUUGUGGUAUGUCAACACACUGGCACAAGUAAAAAAAAUUAGGUGGUUUCAUCAUUGAGCUGUUUUGCUAAUGCAACAAACAUUAAGUGCUUACUCUGUGCCGGGUUCUCUGGUGCUGGGAUCAUAGAGAGAGACCAAAUAGACACAUCCCUGACCCCACAGAACUUCUGAUUGAUCUGACAGGAAGGAUGAUUUCAUUCAAUCAGUCAUUCUUUCAGUGAACAUUUUUUGUCGACUACUUUGUGCCAGACACUGUUUUAGUUCCUAGAAAUAUAGCAGUUAAGGAAACAGACAAGAUCCCGACUCUCACAGACCUUGUGUUACUUGUCAAAGGAGAAAUCUAUAUUGCUAAGUCAAAAGAAAAAAGAGUUCUAGAAUAGUACAUAUAGUUAAUGCUAAUUUUUUUUGCCUUUAAAUAAUCCAGAAGAAUAUUCCCAAAUUAAUAUGGUUAUUCCACAAGGGCAAAUAGUCAAAAGAUAGUUUCACUUUUUGCUUUUAUGUGCUUCUAUAAUUUGAAUUAUUUUAUCCAUUUUUUGUAAUAAAAAAUAGAUUUAAAUACUGUAGCAAUAUUUUCCUGUCCACCCUCCUCCUCAUAGAAAGAAAUUAAGACUUGGAUAAGUUAAAUUCAAGGUCAAGGCGGGCAGUAGAGUGCGCCAGCACUCUAGACGUGUCUAGAGUGGUCCAGCAGAGAUUGGAACCCUGGUUUUCAGGGUAGGAUCCACUCUACAUCAACUAUUUGUAAUACAGAAGAUGGCAGAAAGGGUAACAAACUAUCAAGCUACCCCAGAGGGUCUGGGCAAUGGCAAGUGGUCACUUAAUUAAAAACAAUGUAAAAAGAUUGAAUGUGUGGUUUGCUCUUAGAAGUGCUUAGGAUUUUUCUCCCAGAGCUCUGCCAUAGAGACCCACAGUACAAGAAGAGGCUCCCUGAUCUCUUCAGACUGAAAAAUUAAGGUCUUACCAUGUUUUAGCUGCCUAUCACUUCUAGUGUUAGAAUUCCCCAGGCAGAAAUUCCAAGUGGUUUAACCUGUCAUUAAUUUAUUUGGGGGCAUCCCUUCAUGCCUAGUCCCAUAUAAAUUUAAUUCUCAUUUAAGUUUGAAUUAAAAAAAAACUGAAUACAAAUUAAUUUUCUGUCCAGAUUUCUACUGAGAAAGUCUUUCUAGAGGUAAGUAGAGAUGCCCUUCGUGCUGUAAUUUUUAAGAUUUUUGUCAUCCUUUUCUGGGGCUCAGUUGGGAAGUGGGAAAAAGGAGAGGGGCAGCUGGAACACUUGGUUGGAGGGUUCUCAAGCUUCAGGAGGGCUCAGAUUUUGGCCUAUUUUCAGUGGAAAACCUAUGCAGUGGAGCAAUAUGAGUUUCAGGAUUCUAGAUCCUCUAAUAUCUUUUUUUUCAGUUGUAUUGACUAAUUAUAAAGGUCAUUCCAAGUCACUCUUUUAUUAUUAGUAGUUUUCUUUUGUAAAUUCUUAGUCAAACUCCUUCUGCUUAUGGUGUGACUCUUUUUCCAGAGAAAGCAGUGAUGUUUAAAGAAAAAAAAAGUUAUUUAAGCUAUUCAGGUGUGGUGGUGGCACUGGGACAUCUGUUUAAAUACCCACAUUAUUUUAAUAUAAUUGUUUUCUGGGUGGGUCACCUUUGGAAAAUAUUUUAUUAUAGCUUUAUAGUCUAUACUUAACAACCUGCUUCAUGAUAAGUUGACAUGUCCUUUGUAAUGUCUACAUUUUGAAAUUGUACUUUUUCAUGCAUUUUACAUCUAGUUUGUGUAAAAUAGAAAUAUUUCACACUCCAAUGCAGUGUUAUCUUCUUUUGGUCAGUUCUGAAAUAUCCUUAUAUCCAUAUAUCUAUAUCGAAUCUGUUUUAAAUUUUAUUACCCAAUUUUACUUGCCAUUCCUGUUCACUUGCACGCAGAAUUUAGUUUUUAUUCUGGAAACCCUUAAGUAAAAAGUAACAACUGUAAAAAUAUAGGUGAAGGUUGCUAUACUAAUAAUGUAGAUUUUUUAUUCAUUUCUUUAUCCCAAAGUUCACCACAAGAUCUUAGCAAAAAUCUCUUGACCUUAAUCUGAGGGCUGAAGCAAGGAGCCAAUGGUGAGGGGCUUUGAAAGCUGCCAGCUGCCCAGGCCUCAGUGAAGUCCUCAGAGGGGUGCUGCCUUUCCUGUUCUCUCCAGCAAGCCUCCUACUCCAACAAAAAUUCCUGGUAGCUAAGCAGCAGCCAGACAGCUUCUAACCACCAGGGAAGAAAGGAGUUUUCUGAAUAGAUGGAAUUUCAGGUGAGAACUAAGGAAUAUGACAUUUAGUUAUCCUAGCUGCCUUAUUUCAAGCAAAUGUGUUUACAAGGAACUCUGGGUGGGCAAGCUAACCUGGAGCCAAUUGCUUUACAGUACGUUGAGACUCCGAGUAAGAAUCUCUAAGCAGAAAAUACAUCUUGUUAG